AUGAAAGGAGAACGUACACACUAAAGAUUUGGUAUUAAUACAAAUAAAUCUAUUAGAUACAACAUAAGUGAAUACACUGCCAAGUAGUUUGAGUAGGAAAUCGAGGAUGAAAUAGUUUCAAAGCUUAAAUUAAUACAAUAAGCUGAAGAUAAUGAGGAAUAAUGGGAAUUAAAAGUAGCGAUUUGUGAUUUGUGUAAAUAGCAGAUGGUCUUGAUGAGAGAGUAUCAUGAAUAUUCAGAAAAUUAAAAGAAAUUGAAAGCCUUAAAAUCUAAAUAAGCUUAUGAAAAGCAAGAUUUUGACAAGAAAUUAUAUGGAGGUUAAUGUAGAAAUUGCGUCGAAUAUGUCAAAAUUUAAAGGAAAGAGUUAUAGGAGGAAGUUGAUAAAUCAGAGAGAAAACUUAUGUCAAGAGUUGGAAAAACUUAGUAAAAAAUAUCACGAACGGAUUCUGAUGAAAAAGUAACGAAGAAAAAGCUAAAUUACAAAAAAAUAACGUAUAAAAACAGGCAAAAAUUAUAAUUAGAAUCAGAUUAUAAGGAGGGAGUUUUAAGAUAAGAAAAAAUAAAUUUUUUUCGAAAUAAGGAAAUUGAAAAUGGACAGAAGUAAAGAAUGCUCGAAUACUAUCAAGAUAAAAUAGAUAUUCAAGAUUUAUGGAAAUAAGGAUUAGAGCAUUAUAGGAAAUAAAGAAAUCUUGCCGAUGUUAAAAAUUAGAAAGGAUCUUAUAAGAAGAAAUCAUAUAAUGAUGACUUUUACAACAAAUAAUUAUAUGAAAGAGAGAUAAAUUGUAACAAAAAUAUGAUUAGGAAAUAAAUUAAUGAGGAUAUUUUGUAUUAUAAUGAAGGAAAGUAUUAGGAUUGA